AUGAAAGAAGCUGGGGUAGUUUUCCCGAGAACUAGGAAUUAUAAGAGAGAUUUAGAAAAACAUUCAAAAUGUCUUGCUGAAGAAGCAUUUUCCUACACCAGAAGAAGCAAAUUCAGUUAUUGGCAAAAGUCUGAGAGCACCCUCAUUCCCAUUCUGCAUCAGAAAGCAAAGAGAGGCACUCCUCGCCAGGCUAAGCAAGCUGUACACUGCAUUCAUGCCAUUUUCACCAACAAAGAAGUACAAUUGGCACAAAUCUUUGAACCACUAAGCAAAAGCCUAAAUGCUGACAUCCCAGAACAGCUGAUAACGCCACUCGUCUCCCUAGGACACAUUGCUAUGUUGGCCCCAGAUCAGUUUGCAUCUCCAAUGAAAUCAGUGGUUGCAAAUUUUAUUGUCAAAGAUUUACUUAUGAAUGACAGGUUUCCUGGAGGGAAAAAUGGUAAAUUGUGGACUCCAAAUGAAGAGGUCUCUCCAGAGGUACUCGCUAAGGUUCAAGCCAUUAAGCUUUUGGUACGGUGGUUGUUAGGGAUGAAGAACAACCAAUCCAAAUCUGCGAAUUCCACACUCCGGCUGCUAUCGGCCAUGUUGGUCAGUGAGGGUGACUUAACUGAACAGAAAAAGAUAAGUAAAUCUGAUAUGUCUCGAUUACGGUUGGCUGCAGGAUGUGCCAUACUAAAACUUGCACAAGAACCUUGUUAUCAUGAGAUUAUCACUCCAGAGCAGUUUCAGCUCUGUGCACUUGUUAUUAAUGAUGAGUGCUACCAGGUGAGGCAGAUAUUUGCUCUGAAACUCCACAAGGCCCUCGGGAAAUUGCUGCUUCCAUUGGAGUACAUGGCAGUGUUUGCACUCUGUGCCAAGGACCCUGUGAAAGAGCGAAGAGCGCAUGCCAGACAGUGCCUCCUUAAAAACAUAAGUAUACGGAGAGAGUAUAUCAAACAGAACCCAAUGGCUCAUGAGAAGCUGUUAUCUCUAUUGCCAGAAUAUGUAGUUCCAUACACAGUUCAUUUGCUUGCUCAUGACCCAGAUUUUACGAAAACUCAGGAUAUUGAGCAGCUGCGUGACAUCAAAGAGUGCCUGUGGUUCAUGUUGGAAGUUUUAAUGACAAAAAAUGAAAAUAAUAGUCAUGCUUUUAUAAGAAAAAUGGUGGAGAACAUCAAACAAACAAAGGAUGCCCAAGCACCAGAUGAUGGCAAAAUGAAUGAGAAACUCUACAUAGUAUGUGAUGUGGCGCUUAUUGUCAUCACAACCAAAAGUACCACCUAUAACCUGGACUCUCCAAAGGAUCCUGUAUUGCCGACCAAGUUCUUCACCCCACCUGACAAAGACUCCAGCAAUAACAAGUGCUAUUUGUCAGAUGAGGCAAAGACGUUAUUACUGACAGGGAAGAAUGCAGUAAUAGUGGCCUUGUCUUCACAAUCCUGGGACGUGGAGUGUGCAACAGAACGACUUCUCAGUAACUGA